AAUGGGUGCACCUCUUGAUACUCAUUUUUAAGACUCCCAAAAAAGUCAAAAGUUCCAAUUUUUAUGUCCCAAAACUUAAAAGUUCUGUAUCUCUUUGCAGUUUGACUAAAUUUCAGCAUCUAGAAAAUAGUAGAAGUCUCACUUGUGGAUUGCAAGGCUUCAUUUCUAUACAUCAGUUUCCAAUACUAUGGGUACAGAAGGGAAUACCACCAAUUCUUCUCGAAUUUCUGAUUACGGUGUCCUAGAGCAAUAUCUUGGAUUUCGAAUUGGAGAUUCUACUAAUGUCAAUCCAAAUCCAGUAUUUGAUCCAACUCUCACUAGCCAAACGAUGCACCCAGUUCUCCCGGCUAACACUUUUGAUAAGUCUCUUGCUCCUACCAACACACAUUUCUCUGCUGCUCUUAUGGGAUCUCAAACAGUGCAAUUACAAAAGGGACCAUCACAAAAUCUAGUUUCUGUAUCUGGUGCUCAACAUGAGAACUGGGGAGAGUCCAACUUGGCAGAUUCCAGUUCCCAUACAGAUACUUCAACUGACAUGGAGCCCGAUGAUAGAAACCAAAGGUUUGAUAUGGGUCAGUCCGGUGCCAUUGUAGUCUCAGAUUCCAGUGGCAAAUCAAAAGAAAAAUCCUUGGAGCAGAAGACUUUGCGAAGGCUUGCCCAAAAUCGUGAAGCUGCUAGGAAAAGCCGAUUGAGGAAGAAAGCCUAUGUACAACAGCUGGAGAAUAGCCGCUUGAAGCUGACCCAACUAGAGCAGGAACUGCAGCGAGCUCGUCAGCAGGGUAUAUUUGUUUCCAGCAAUGGAGACCAAUCUAAUUCUGGGAGUGGUAAUGGGGCCAUGGCAUUUGAUGUGGAAUAUGCACGGUGGUUGGAAGAGCACAACAAGCAGAUAAAUGAGCUCAGGUUGGCUGUCAAUUCACAUGCAAGUGACCUCGAACUUCGUACUGUUGUGGAUAACGUAACGGAACAUUUUAACGAGAUAUUCCGGCUGAAAAGUAAAGCAGCCAAGGGUGAUGUAUUCCACCUCUUGUCUGGUAUGUGGAAAUCGCCUGCAGAAAGGUGUUUUAUGUGGAUUGGUGGGUUCCGUCCAUCUGAACUUCUCAAGCUUAUCGUGAAUCGGUUGGAGCCUCUAACUGAGCAACAAUUGGAGAAGAUAUGUACAUUGCAGCAAUCAUCUCACCAAGCCGAAGAUGCUCUCUCACAAGGUAAAGAGGCGCUACAGCAAUCUCUAGCCGAGACAUUAGCUACUGGAUCUUCAGGACCCGAAGGGCCUUCUGGUAACAUGGCAAAUUAUAUGGGUCAGAUGGCAAUGGCCAUGGGGAAGUUGGGGACUCUUGAAGGUUUCUUGCGCCAGGCGGAUAACGCGAGGCAACAGACUUUACAGGAGAUGCAUCGUAUAUUGACGACUAGGCAAUCAGCUCGUGCCCUUCUUCUAAUGAACGAUUAUUCCUCACGCCUUCGAGCCCUCAGUUCUCUCUGGCUUUCGAGGCCACAAGAAUGAAGCUAAAUCACCUCUCCAUCAGAAAGUAAAGCAGAAUUGAAAAUAUACAGUCGAUACCGUUGAGGCGGCCUUCAUAAAUUGCAGCGACUGUUUUGUUGGAUGUGUAACUCUAUCUGUGCAUUAUAAAAAAUGUGUUGUAGGCUCAUUUCUGUGUUUAGUACAGGAAAUAAUAUUAUGGUAUUGUGCUGUUUUGAUAGAUGAAUGGAGGAUAAAGAUUAGUUCAAUAAUUAUAGAAAUGUUAUUAUUAUCAUCA